AUGCCUCGCGAAAAACACCACCAGAUCUCAGACAACGUAACGAGUAUAUCUAGUGGACUCGAGGAAGUCACGAUGAUGGUGUCGAUAAUGUCUCAUUUGAACAAUUUGGAAGCGGAAAAACAAAAGUACCAGGCUCAACGACACGUCGCCUCUGUCAGGAAAACGCAUGGCUACCGUGUCGCCACUUUAGAAGAAGAAAAUAAGCAUCUGAAAUAUAUGAACUCCAUAAAACAAUUCGACGACGACAUUCAAAACGACCGUGAAAUCUGCACCAUCCGAGGCCAAAUGCUGCCAUCACAAAUGAGACACCCAUUCAAGUACCUUGCGGGUUUGGUCCAGGAAGACGAAAGCAGGACCGGCAAUCUAAGUCAGUUCGCUCAGCCAACUCCGGCUCAUUCAAUGGCAGCUUCAGCUUCUGUUGGCUAUGAGAUUCCAGCUCGUCUUCGUACUUUGCACAAUCUGGUAAAACUUCGUUCCUCAAGUGCUAUGGUGAUCCAGUACGCAUCGCAAGGCCGCUAUGAAGUAGCCGUCCCGCUCUGUAAGCAAGCUCUCGAAGACCUCGAAAAGACUAGCGGUCACGACCAUCCUGACGUGGCUACGAUGCUCAACAUUCUCGCACUUGUUUACAGGGAUCAAAACAAGUACAAGGAGGCAGCUAAUCUUCUCAACGAGGCUCUCGCUAUUCGCGAGAAGUGCCUAGGAGAGAAUCACUCUGCUGUUGCCGCUACGUUGAACAAUUUGGCGGUUCUGUAUGGAAAGCGUGGCAAAUUCAAGGAUGCCGAACCACUGUGCAAACGUGCUCUCGAAAUUAGGGAGAAGGUGCUUGGUCAUGAUAACCCUGAUGUCGCUAAGCAGCUAAAUAAUUUGGCACUUCUUUGCCAGAACCAAGGAAAAUAUGAAGAAGUCGAGCAGUAUUACAAACGUGCAUUGGAAAUCUAUGAAAGCAAAUUAGGACCUGAUGAUCCGAAUGUCGCGAAGACUAAAAACAAUCUUUCUUCGGCGUACUUGAAACAGGGCAAAUAUAAGGAAGCGGAAGAGCUCUACAAGCAGAUUCUCACCCGAGCACACGAACGUGAAUUUGGCAAGAUUGGAGAGGACAACAAACCAAUUUGGCAGAUCGCCGAAGAUCGUGAGGAAAUCAAACAAAAAGGCGGGGCUGAUACGGGUCCGAUUGCUUACCACGAUCACGGUGGCUGGCACAAGGCUGCCAAGGUUGACAGUCCAACCGUGACGACGACACUCAAGAACUUGGGUGCUCUAUAUAGGCGCCAAGGCAAGUAUGAAGCUGCUGAAACACUGGAGGAUGUUGCUUUGAGAGCUAAGAAACAAGCGCAGUAUGCAGCGCAGCAUGAGCGAAUGAAUAAGCUACUCGGAUGUAGUACACGAAUACAGGUCUGUUUUGCAAGAUGGCCUCUAGUCGUAUCCAGGAGCGUUUUGGAUUGCAGAGAUAUUCAUGACUUCAUCGCAUAUCUCGCAUGA